AAAAAAAAAGUUUUGCAACUCUAGUCAACCCCGUUUCAAAGCCGAAAUUCACGUAAAUCCGCCCCAAAAUGAACGCGAUUAUCUUAAGGAACGUUGGCAGAACCUUCUCCGCAUUGGGAAAACGCACCCUAGCGACUUCGGGGCUGAAAACCGGCUCCUUUAAGGUCCAGGACGACAAGGAUUUCGUGGACAAAGUGGAGAACAGCAAAGAGCCAGUAAUUGUUGAUUUCUUCGCGACUUGGUGCGGGCCUUGUAAAGCUCUCGAACCCCGGCUGGAAAACGUGAUUGCCCAGAGAAAGGGGGACAUCUCUGUGGCCAAGGUUGACAUCGAUGACUUAGGGGAGUUGGCUGCAAAAUAUGAGGUAAGCACUAUUCCGGCCUUAGUAGUAUUUCAAAAUGGGAAAGUCAAAGAGAGACUCGUGGGGCUUCAGGACGAAGACAAGCUGAACUUGUGGAUCGACAAUGUCCUUAAGAAAUAGUUUUUUUACAUGUAAUUUGAUGAACUUUGAAGCUUUAUUACUGUGUUUGAUUAUUGUUGACAGCGGUUGUAAAUAAUAUAAUUUGUUUGGAAAAUA